CGCAGACGCUGCGGGCUAGUCGGGCCCGCGCCUUCUGGGCCCGGAGGAAACUUGCGGAGUGCUGGGGGGGAAGGUGCGCGGGUUCCUGCUCCCGCGCCCAGAGCCGCCCCGCCAGCCCCGCGCUCCCACUUGGGACCUCGCAGCGGUGACACGCAGGGCCCAGAGGUACAGCGAAAGCCCACUUUUCACUCAAAACCGUGCUAACGAAAACGCCAUCGUGUUGCUAGUCUUGGACAGAUGAUGUUCCUGAAGCCAAACUUGACACAACGAAAAACUUAUGCUCCACAGGACGUUGCAUGACCUAUCUGGGUCCCUGCACGCCAUGUCCGCCAUAGUCCAGAAGAUGGCAUGGCUCUCCGUGAAGAACAAGAGACACAGGAUCUGUCACAGAGCACCCUCCAGUACACAUAAUGAGACCUGGAAGGACCUGAAAAACCUGGUUCAACGAGUCCAAGGACAAAACCCUCCCACCGCCCUCCUCUCACCCAUUGCUCUCUCUGCAUACCUCAUUCUAUUUUCUGCUCUUCCUACCCCUGCUUCCUCUUCACCUGUCUUCAUCUGGCAGUUUCAAGUAAGGGAAACUUAUGGUGACAUAAAUAAAAUAAUCGGGACUGGAAACUGUUCUCUCAAAGGAUGCCAGUCUUCUGUCACUAUUCCAGUUAAAUCUGCAGCUACCAGCCCCUGUGUUGAGGCUGGAUGUCCUUAUGUCUGCUUCCCUUUUGAUAAUUCAGGCAAUUGUCUUACAGCUGUUGAUUACUAUGGAGGAUAUUGUUACUGGUCUUGUAAAAUCCAUGGAAUCCCCUCAGGCUUUAUCAAACAUGAUUAUUACACUAUCCCCACGCCAGUAUACUACCCUAGCCGACAAUAUUUUUCUGGCAUAGGCUCUCUUAAAUUCAUUAUCCAUGACCCUUGGGACAAUAGAUGGGUUACAGGAGUCACCGGAAAACUUUACUGUAGUGCUGUUUCUAUUUCUCCCGCUGCUGACAUUUUCAUCUCUCGACAGACAGUUAGUCCCUGCCUCUAG